AUGAGCCCGGCCAGCGAAGGAAACCUCCAGAUGCCAGGGCCGGCUGCCCGGAGUCCCACCCAGUCACCAGCAGGUCCCUUGCUCCGUUUGGCCAGCGUGCUGCGCUCAAAGGCGGGCUCCCCGUGGGCGCACGGUCUCGACCGACCUUUCGCAGCGAGCUCGGGGGUCGUCUGCCUCUCGCCUUGCCAUUCAGGCGGCCCCUCGGGUCGACGGCGCGGUCUCCCGGAUGGCGUUACUGGACGAGCCUUGGCGCGGGGUAUUGGGAGACUGGGCCGCGGCUGGCGGGCGCGGGGAACCGGCAGCGCGGAGGAGGGCGCACCCGGCAGGGCGCACCGCGCGGAGCGCGGAGCUGGGCGCACGGCGCCUUCAACACCAUGGACAGGUCUCACGACCACAGCGCGCCGCCCUCCAGGCAGCCAGCCGCUGGCGCGUCAUGCUGGUCUUCCCAGCGCUGUCUUCUUCCUGGAGUGUCCACCCGGCCACCUCCAGACCUCUCCCGCGACGACGACGUCUCACUUCCUCUGGCUCUCGGGUAACCCCCGGAACGUGCUGACCAGCCCACCCAGGCCCAAGAUGCCGGCUCACUCGGCAGCGUGCAGAGAAUCGCGUCCCGGCCUUGGAGUCCCACCACCAGGCUCCCAGCGCGCGGUGGUCGCCGACGUGAUGGGGCGAGGGUGGGGGAGGGAGGCUGGGUCGCUCUGCUUCCCCUCCUCGCCUCCUCCUCUAGCCGUGGCGGCUCCGGGGUCUCGCGGCCGGUGCUGUGGAGCGAGAGCCCAGGCUGCGCCCGGGGAGGGGGGGUUCGGGAAAUCGCCUGGCCCGGGUGCGGGCGCCCGAGGAAGCCGCUGCCGCGCUCGCUCGCUCGCUCGGCGCCUGGCGCUGCAGCCUUGGCUAAAACCCACAGACGAGAACACGGAGCGCGCAGCCAAAAGCUAG